GUCCCAUCACUAGAGGGGGGAGAGAAGCCUUGCGAUAGGUCGGGUGGCGUGUUCCAAGCGUGGUCCCCCCCCCAAGCCUCUGGGCACGAUGGUCGGCUCCAGACGCAGGGUCACCCACUCUCGAAGCGCCGAAGAAGCUUGCGUUGCGACCGCGGAAUCGACAGGCGGAGGGAGGCACUAGACGGAGGAAGGCGGCACGGUGGGGCUGCUGGGUGGUAGGCACUUCCGGAGGAUUUCGGAAGGGCAGCCGGGACCCCUGCGGGCCCGGAAAGGCCAUUCCUCGCCUCGGCCGAGCACCUCCUGUUCCUGCCCAGACCGAGCCGAAAGCCGGAACCAUGUCGGCCUACUCCAAAAGUUACAACCCUUUCGACGACGACGCGGAGGAUGAGGGCGCCCCGCCGAUAACGUGGAAGGACGCCCGCGACCUCUCUGUCGAGCCCGGCGCGCCUGCGGACAGGCAGCAGUACCUGCGGCAGGAGGUGAUGCGCAGGGCCGAGGCCGCGGCCGCCAGCACCAGCAGGUCUUUGUCGCUCAUGUAUGAGUCUGAGAAGGUUGGGGUCGCCUCUUCCGAGGAGCUUGUCCGUCAGCGAGGAGUCUUAGAACGCACAGAGAAGAUGGUGGACAAAAUGGAUCAAGAUUUGAAGAUCAGCCAGAAGCACAUUAACAGCAUUAAGAGUGUGUUUGGGGGCUUCGUCAAUUACUUCAAAUCUAAACCAGCAGAGACCCCACUUGAACAGAAUCACACCCUCACCCCCCAGCCCAACAGCAGAUUGAAAGAAGCUAUAAGUACAAGUAAAGAACAGGAAUCACAGUACCAGGCCAGCCACCCAAACCUCAGGAAGCUGAAUGACUCAGACUCCAUCCCUGAAGGGGCCAUUUCUGCAAUAAGUACUGAGGCUUACCCGAAGAAUCCACACCUUCGAGCCUAUCACCAGAAGAUUGACAACAAUCUAGAUGAGCUGUCCAUGGGACUGGGCCGGCUGAAGGACAUAGCCCUGGGGAUGCAGACGGAAAUUGAGGAGCAAGAUGACAUUAUUGACCGCCUCACAACCAAAGUGGACAAGUUAGAUGUCAAUAUAAAAAGCACAGAAAAAAAAGUUCGACAACUUUAAAGACAGUGAAGGAUUUCCACUCCAUUAUGAUGAAAAGAUUUGAAAGAUCUUUUAAACUCUCAAGAAAUUUCAUUUAUUAUUUUAGUAUGUGAUUUAACAUGUGUUUGCAAAUGUUCUAAUAGUGUGGGUCUUAAGAGAUUUUGUUACGAGGAAGUGUCUGUCCCACUUUUUCUGAGAGCCAAUACCUCGCUCACUUCUUUGAACUGAAUGCUUAGAGUUUUAGUCUGAGCACAAUUUCCUUGCCUCAAAUAUCUUGGGCCUUUGAUUAUUACUAUGCUGGAAUGAGAAGAAAAAGUUGCAUUUCUCACUUUAAUGAGCAUUAUCGAAAGACUGGGCAGAAUUUCAAUCCCUGUUUGUUGUAUAGCUCAUUCCUAGGCCUUACUGUGAGUCAGAGUGCUAAGGGACCCUGUGAGCCAGUUGUUUGUGCAGGAGGGUCCUUCCUUCCCAUACCUUUAUUUAGCAGUCAUCAUCAUCCCUCCCCCACACCAUACAAACACAUACACACAUGAAACGCACACACACUGAGCACAUCGUAAUUCUCUUAACCUCCUGGAAAAGGAUCAGUGUGAGGUUCAGAAAUGGAGUAUGUCAGCAUUCUUGGCUGUUUUGUUGACGUUACCUCUUCCUCUCCUGGCCUCCAUCCUUGACGUGCAUUUUAAUAGGGGUUCAGACCACUUGUGCUCACUGUGAUGCCUGGAAAUAUGUAGGAAAUUCAGUAAGCCCUUCUUCCCUGUGUACCCUCAUAUCUGACUCUCUGUUCCUGAUUAGGAGCAAAUUCUCCCCUGCUUCAACACUGAGCCUACUGACCACCUAGGGGCCCUAUGGAGUUGGUGGGAAUGGAACAUCACACAGACAUGGCCAACCAGUAGUCUUCCUAUACUGAGCCUUCCAUUCCUCUCAGACUCUCCCUGACCCAGGGUAUGGCAGUGUUCACUCACUACCUGGGUCUCCUAACCUGCCAGGGUUCCCACUUACUCUCCUUGCAUGACUUACAAGGUGGCUUAACUCAGUGCUUGGUUCUCUGCCACCCAGUUUCAGGACUGGAACUCUACAAAUGAUGCUGUCUUUGUACAGAAGGAUUUGGCUAAAAGAGAAAACCCAGCCAUUAUCAUUUUUAACUGGCUUAGCUUGUUCUUUCCUGUUACAAACAGAAUCACAAGCAUUAAUUACAAUUGAUCUCUAUAAUUAAAUGGUUUUGUGUGUGUGUGUGUUGGUACCUCCAACAAACUAAUUGAAGCCACAAGAUCCUUGCUUCUAAAAAAAUAAUUUUAAAUAUUUUGAAGAUGGUGAAAGUGGUCAGAGGAAAUGAUUUUAAUUAGACAAUUUAGGUCAGAAACUUUAAAAUAACUACCUUUCACCUUGAAACAUGGCAAUGGCUAAAUGAGCUUCACCACUUCCAUUCUGUAGCCUAAAACAGUUCGUUAAAGGAAACUUCUAUAAAGUGCUGCAGCACUGCCUCAGUAUUUAUUUAACAAUUCAUUUGUUAAAGGUCCAUCCCAUAAUGCAUGACCUUCCUAAGAAUACUGACAGCCUCCAUCAGUAGAUACUUUCUGUCAAGUUGCAGCCACCUCAGGGAGCCUGACCAUGUCAUAAUGAAUAGCCCAGGACAUGAGGAUGCAAUUAAAAGUAAUUUAGAUAUUUGAUUAUCAGAUGAGCUCAUUAUGAUUAUUCUCUUCAUAACUGGUAAAAGGAAAAAUUUUAAACAUGUAUCUGGCCCAAACUAACCAAGUUCACAGGGUUUUCAGUAAAAAGGCUGCCAAAAAAGCAUGAAACCAGAGUACAGAGCAGCCAGUAUAUACAUUUCCACUUAUUAUAAUUGUUUCUGUUUUUUUCCUUAUUAACACUUUCCUCAGUGUAGUAAUUGUUUCUGCUUAUUAUCAUGAGGCAUAGACUCAUGGAGAUCAGUCAUUAUACCUCAGACCUUAGCUUUUUUUUUUUUUUUUUAAAUGCCACCCACUGCCAAACAUUCUCUUCUGCAACCUUCCAUCUGCCUAAUGGAAUUAGCGAUUUGACUGACUUGAAGCAAAGUAGCACCUUAUCUUAUAUAUGCCCUCCCUGUUUUGGAUUGAUGAAGCCAAUCACCUCACCCCAUUUUUUUUUUUAACGCAAGCAUGUGGAAGGAGAGUUGUCCUCACUUUUAUAGAAGUUUGUCUUCCUCUGACACGUUAGAAAGCCUCUUAUCUUUUGUUUUUGUUCAGAUCCCCUAAUUCUAAGGCCUCUGCGGAGGGACUGUCUGUGCUGGCCAGCAGCUUCUUUCUGCUGGGUCUUCCUUCACCCCUGCUUCCAUGCCCACAAAAGACCUGUUGCUGAUUCUAUUUUAUAAAGCAAAGCUGUUUGCAUUUUCAGAGAACAAAGGGAGACCGGAGGAGCCUCUAGAAUCUUUGUACUGAUGGUGAUGAUCAAAAAGAAAACAUUCUACCCUCUAGAGACAUUCAGAGGUGCCCAGGCUGGGGUUGGGUGUGGGGUGGGCUUUGGUAUGACAGACAAGACCAGUGAACUUGUCCUUCUUGCCAGAUGGGGCCCAUAAGACAGAUUUUUACGUCCACAGUCAAGCUGGAAACAAACUGUGCCUUCAAAAAAGUAACUUUUCUAACUUUAGGUUGGUUAUAUGUUAAGUGUGCUACUAACGUAAAAAUAAGUGCAUUCUCCUCCAGAGGAAACUAUUUUUAACAUCUAGUGAUUUGUAACUUAGCAGUGGGGUUGUCUUUUUUGCAUUCAGUAAGAAAAGAGACCUGAAUUUAACUCAGGUGGCAAGAAAAGAAAUACAGAAGUGCAUUUUAAUUUAUCUUAACUUCUUUUUAUGAAUAUGUAAUUUUAAGUGUACACUACAUCAAUUUAGUAAAAAUCCUAUACUUUGCCUAUAUAGGCCUUUGCUGCUAAAUUUUUCAAGUUAGCAAUGUUGUUGAACAUCUUCAGCUCUGAUGGAUGAAAUGUCCUAUGUAAGAAUCAUGAUCUAGUCAUUAAAAGUGCUCAUGGGAAGGUGGGCUUUUUGUUCAGAGUCUGUAUCAGGACAGCUUUUAUGCCCCAUGCCUUCAACUUAAUGAUCAUAUUCCAUAAAAUAAAAUAGGAUGUUUUUUAAUCAA